CUUUAGUUCCUUGUACUUUAUCUUCCUUGUUUCUAUUACUCAUAUCUAAUCCUACAACUACUACAACAAGACCAUAAUGAAUACUAGUGCACGUAAUACACAAGAAGACUUCACCAACCAAGGUGCUGUUGUUGAUGAUGGUGCUUCCCCCUCUACCUCGUCUUCUCUUGAAGCUCCCGAACCACAUUAUGUAGUGCCUAAGGUUAAGGCACCAUCGGUAUGCCCAAUAUUUGGCAGGCUAACGUUUCUAACAGUAGUGCUAGUCUGUUGUCUAAUAGUAGCUGCAGUAUGGUUUUGUCAUGGUUAUAGUUGGGUAUAUGAUAAGACUACUAAGAUAUGGCCUAUAUAUGAAUGUCCUUCAUUACAGUCAUCUUUCCAUUUCAAGGAGAAGGAUCUAUGGGGUCCAACAUGUUCUAUGUCUAUAAAGUAUGAUUUCCUAUUAGCUGAUCGUAUGAAGAGGAAUGGUAUUACAGUACCAUAUGGUACCCCACCAGAAGAGGCAUUAGAACGUUGUAUCCUACCACAUGAUGAUGAAGGAUAUAUUACAUGUUUCUCAGUGAAUUCAUGUGAUUAUAUGUGUCGUGAAGCUGAUACUAAUGGUAGAUGUCCAGCUGGUAAGACAUUAAAUAAGGAUAAGACUGAUAUGGAUAAUAAUGUCCAAUGCAAUGUAUGGUUAGCUGCUCAAACUUUUACUGAUCAAUUAGCAUGUUAUAAAUUAGAGGUUGCUGCUUAUUGUGGUAGAACAUUUAAAGUAACACCCUCUAAUAUACUUGCUGUACGUGGGCUUAUUGUGGCUACUGUGGUGAUGUUGGUAUUCUGGAUAAUAGCUGAGUUUGUUCUAAGAAGUGUUGACAAGGGUUUACGCCA